AGGCAAAACUCUCUCUGUCCUCUCACAGAUCACAGACACACACACACUCUCUCUCUCUCUCUCACUCAUGUUUUUUCAUCGAAGCUCGACUUUGUCCAAAAAUCCCCAACAAACCGAACGUGUUUUUCCCGCAAGCAAUCACAACCCUUCUCUCAAUUUCGCCCCAAAAGCCCGCCACUUUCUUCACUCACCUCAGAUCCGACACCUCCAACCAUCCGACACGUCCGAUGAAACCCAAGACAAAGCCCCACCCUUUCCUUAGUUUCCUCACAUAAUCAUACGAAAACCACUGCGUCUCUGUCGGGUCGGGCGUUGAAUGUGGUUUGGGGGGGUGGGGGAGGGGAGCGUAGACACAGAGGUUCGGAGAUUAUAAGGACUGAGGAGGUGGAGGAAGAGAUGGCGGCUGGUGAUGGUGGUGGUCAGGUGGUGAAAGUUAAGAGGGAGAAACUGGAGGCAUGCAUGACGUGCCCUCUUUGUAAUAAGCUGUUGAAGGAGGCUACAACUAUUUCACUCUGCCUCCACACGUUUUGCAGGGUGUGCAUUUACGAAAAGUUAUCUGAUGAGGAGGGGGACUGCUGUCCCGUCUGUGAAAUUGAUCUCGGAAUUUUACCUGUCGAAAAACUCAGGCCAGACCAUAAUUUGCACGAUAUUAUAGCCAAGAUAUUUCCCGUUAAAGGAAAGAAAGUUGAUACACCUGAAGCUAACAAGCCCGAAGCUAAUGAUCCUGAUGUUACGCCAUCUUCGUUGCCAGUGAAAAGGAAGGAGAGAUCAUUAUCUUCAUUGGUAGUCAGUGCCCCCAAAGUUCCAGUGCAGUCAGGUAUGACUGGAAAGAGGUCAAGAGCUUUGUCAAGAAAGGGUGCUGCUUUACGAGGAUGCAGUUUUUCUGCUGAAGAACCUGCGAAGAAGGAUGAUUCUACAGAAGACCAUCCAAUGAGCUCUAACUCAACUGGUAAUCUUGUUGAAUUCGCACGAAAUAAGAGCCAGGAUUUGCUUGAGCAUUCAUAUGAGCAAAAUCCUAACAAAGUUAUGAACAGUGACGUUGAAAUAACAGAAGGGAAAGCUGACCUGUGGACGCCCUUAAACUGUCUUGUAGAGGCUGCUAAUCGAACCAAGUCCUCAAAGUCAAAUUCACAAGGGUUGCAUGCCACGUCAGAUCCAAUCAAUUCCAUUGAUAAUGAACUUUAUAUGUCUCAAAAUAAGGCUGAAGGAGAAUCACCAAAUGCUCUGGACUGCAUCAGGAAUGCAUAUACGCCCAAAACCAAAAAAAAGGAGGCCAACCAGAAUGCAAGAGGAAAAAAUAAUAGUAACGGAGCAGGGGCAUCAGGACCGGUGAAACGUAAAAGGGUGCGCGCAGCUAAUCAGAAGAGGGUAGCAGCAUCUGGGGAAGCAAGUGCCUCAACUCAACCUAUGCUGGAUAUAUGUGGGGCUAAGUAUAGAAAUGUUCCUGUUUGGUUCUCCUUGGUAGCAUCUGAAGACUGGAAAGGAGAAAUUUCAUUGCCACAGAUAUCAGCAUGUUGCUUGAAAAUAAAGGAUGGUAAAAUGCCCGUAUCAAUAAUCCAGAAGUACCUUGCAAUGAAACUUGAACUUAGCAGUGAAAAUGAGGUAGAGAUACUGUGUCGGGGUCAGCCGGUGCUUCCAACAUGCCAUCUAGAAACCCUAGUUGAGAUGUGGUGCCGAACAGCACCAACAACGAAAAAGGUACCGGCAACAGUUGGCUCCUCGGCUAAAGAUUUUGUGAUGGUCCUCAAUUAUUGUCGUAGGGUUCAAAAUCCCUGAAAGAACCAAUAAAACUUUCGUUUUCUUGGUAAAACAAUGAAAGUUUCUCUUUUGUUGUUGAUCCUAGGGUUCGAAAUCUCUGAAAGAACAAUUAAAAUUUUCAUCUCAUGUUGUCUUCCUCGUUUACCAGUUCAAUAUGUAUAGUACCUGUUGUCAGAUUUUACUGGUAUUUUAACUAAGUUUAUCUGCUAGAUCA